GCCCUCCGGUUGCCCCGGGCGACGCGACCCCGCCCCCCUCCCCUCUUCUUGCGCUUUGCGGCGCUUUUGCGACGGCGGCGGCCAUAGAGCGGGAGCGGGAGUAGAGCCGGACGGCAUGGACGCCCGUUUCACGCGGGGCAAGUCCCCCCUGCUGGAGCGGGGGCUGGCGCGGCCCCGGGGCGAGGUGGCGCUGAGCGCCUUCGCGCUGCUGUUCUCGGAGCUGGUGCAGUACUGCCAGAGCCGCGUCUACUCGGUGGCCGAGCUGCAGGCCAAGCUGGCCCGCCUGGGCCACCAGGUCGGGCUGCGCGUCCUGGACGCGCUGGUGGCCCGCGAGAAGAGCGGCCGCCGCGAGACCAAGGUGCUCAACGUGCUGCUCUUCGUCAAGGGCCCCGUGUGGCGCGCGCUCUUCGGCAAGGAGGCCGACAAGCUGGAGCAAGCCAACGACGACGACAAGACGUACUACGUGAUCGAGAAGGAGCCCUUGGUCAACACCUUCAUCUCGGUGCCCAAGGAGAACAGCACCCUCAACUGCGCCGCCUUCACGGCAGGGCUGGUGGAGGCCGUGCUGACGGCCAGCGGCUUCCCGGCCAAGGUCACGGCGCAUUGGCACAAGGGCACCACGCUCAUGAUCAAGUUCGAGGAGGCCGUCAUCGCCAGGGACAAGAGCCUGGAGGGACGCUGAGGGGGACGCCAUUGUCCCUUUGGUGGCCCUUGGUGUCCCAUGGGGACGUUGGAGAUGAUUUGGGUCCCUCACCCCAUCCCUUGUCAUCCCAAUGGCCAUUGGUGACACUGGGGUCCCUUCAUGUCCCAGCACACCACCCAUUGUCCCUUUGGUGGCCCUUGGUGUCCCAUGGGGACGUUGGAGAUGAUUUGGGUCCCUCACCCCAUCCCUUGUCAUCCCAAUGACCCUCGAUGUCCCUUGGGGACACUUGGUUGGUGUCACCAUCUCGUGUCCAUUCUGAUGGCCCUUGGUUGACUUUGGGGACACUGGAGCUGGUUGGUGUCACCAUAAACCAUCUCUUGACCCUCUUGGUGACUCUUGGCUCCUGUUUGAAGCUUUGGGGACAUCCUGGGGCUGGGUUGGGUCCGUCACCCCAUCCCUUGUCAUCCCAAUGGCCAUUGGUGACACUGGGGUCCCUUCAUGUCCCAGGACACCACCCAUUGUCCCUUUGGUGGCCCUUGGUGUCCCAUGGGGACGUUGGAGGUGAUUUGGGUCCCUCAUCCCAUCCCUUGUCAUCCCAAUGACCCUCGAUGUCUCUUGGGGACAUUUGGUUGGUGUCACCAUCUCUUGUCCAUUCUGAUGGCUCUUGGUUGACUUUGGGGACUCAGUUGGUGUCACCAUAAACCAUCUCUUGUCCCUCCUGGUGACUCUUGGCUCCUGUUUGGAGCUUUGGGGACAUCCUGGGGCUGGUUUGGGUCCCUCACCCCAUCCCAUAUCCCUUCUGGUGGCCCUUGGUGACAUUGGGGUGUCUUCAUGUCCCAGCACACCACCCAUUGUCCCUUUGGUGGCCCUUGGUGUCCCAUGGGGACGUUGGAGAUGAUUUGGGUCCCUCACCCCAUCCCUUGUCAUCCCAAUGACCCUCGAUGUCCCUUGGGGACACUUGGUUGGUGUCACCAUCUCAUGUCCAUUCUGAUGGCCCUUGGUUGACUUGGGGACACUGGAGCUGCUUGGUGUCACCAUAAACCAUCUCUUGUCCCUCCUGGUGACUCUUGGCUCCUGUUUGAAGCUUUGGGGACAUCCUGGGGCUGGGUUGGGUCCGUCACCCCAUCCCUUGUCAUCCCAAUGGCCCUUGGUGACACUGGGGUCCCUUCAUGUCCCAGCACACCACCCAUUGUCCCUUUGGUGGCCCUUGGUGUCCCAUGGGGACGUUGGAGAUGAUUUGGGUCCCUCACCCCAUCCCUUGUCAUCCCAAUGACCCUCGAUGUCCCUUGGGGACACUUGGUUGGUGUCACCAUCUCUUGUCCAUUCUGAUGGCUCUUGGUUGACUUUGGGGGCUCAGUUGGUGUCACCAUAAACCAUCUCUUGUCCCUCCUGGUGACUCUUGGCUCCUGUUUGAAGCUUUGGGGACAUCCUGGGGCUGGGUUGGGUCCCUCACCCCAUCCCAUAUCCCUCCUGGUGGCCCUUGGUGACAUUGGGGUGUCUUCAUGUCCCAGGACACCACCCAUUGUCCCUUUGGUGGCCCUUGGUGUCCCAUGGGGACGUUGGAGGUGGUUUGGGUCCCUCACCCCAUCCCUUGUCAUCCCAAUGGCCCUUGGUGACACUGGGGUCCCUUCGUGUCCCAGCACACCACCCAUUGUCCCUUUGGUGGCCCUUGGUGUCCCAUGGGGACGUUGGAGAUGAUUUGGGUCCCUCACCCCAUCCCUUGUCAUCCCAAUGACCCUCGAUGUCCCUUGGGGACACUUGGUUGGUGUCACCAUCUCUUGUCCAUUCUGAUGGCUCUUGGUUGACUUUGGGGACUCAGUUGGUGUCACCAUAAACCAUCUCUUGUCCCUC